CGGUUGUUGCGUAAUAUUUGUAAUUAACUAUAGUUGAGGUUAAUAAUUUUUCGAAUUAUGCAUAUUGUAAAUCAAUAAAGAUUCGCAUAAUACAAGAGUUUUCAGCGUGAAAUGUAGAAAAGUAUAAAACAACUGUUAUGCAACAGUAAAUGGAUAUGGAUGACAAUGACUUAAAUUUUUCAAUUUUUUUGAAGUGAUGUAUCUUUCGCAACCGUCCAUUGUGAGAAUGUUUGAUGAAACGUCGGUAAACGAAAUAUUGCUACGUUAAUUUUCCAAAUUCAUGAAUGUUAAAUUCUUUAAGUGAUUAAUUUAUGUACGAUUCAUAUGCAAUCUUUAAUUGCUCUGCAUCACGUGCGUCAAAUAUUAUUUUAUUUUAAAGAAAUUGACUAAAGAAGAAUAGUAAUAAUUCGCCAAACCAUAGUGUUGAAAUAAACGAAAAACAUUUGUAGCCAAUAAUAACUAAGGAGCGAAAGGAGGAGCGGCAAAAUAAAAGUGUGAGUUUAUUUUUUUUUACGUGGAUUGUUAUUGAUUGUUAUCCCACGUCACGUGGGAGGUUGGAUUAGACGUAAUUUUCCAAAUGAAUCAAAGCUUAAGCAGCCCUAGAUUAGAAAUUGCAAUAAAAGGUAUAAACCGGUAAAUUUUCGCGCGUGCGCCCAAAAAGUAUAGUGAAAGCUUCUUCGCUCGGUCAUUCGUUUAGCCAGGAGAUAUAAGCACGCAAGGAUCGAACGGGAACUCAUCUGGAAUAGUCAAACCCGCGUUUUCUUUGACUACGUCAUCAACACCGCUUUACAAUGUCAAUAGAAAAGGACAAGUCGAGCAAUGAAAUUGAGAAACAGGCUACGACACCAACGCCCUUAACUCCGGCGCCAGAGUCUGCCACGGAGGAUAAGCGGUUGGGUCUAAAUGGACGAUUAGCGUUUGCUAUCGCAGCUGCUGCACUUGGAUCAUCGUUUCAACAUGGGUACAACACCGGUGUUGUUAACGCACCUCAGCAGCUCAUCGAAGACUGGAUCAGUAACCUGAAGAUGAAUCGUACCGGUGUACCAACGAAGCAGUCGGAAGUAACGAUGAUAUGGUCGAUAGCUGUGUCGAUAUUCUGCGUAGGCGGGAUGAUUGGUGGUUCUCUAGUGGGCACGGUAGCCGAUCGUUUCGGCAGGAAGGGCGGUUUGUUGCUGAACAACAUUUUGGUCGUCAUCACAGUAAUCUUCGAGGGCUGUGCUAAAACAGCGAAGAGCUACGAGAUGAUAAUCAUCGGAAGAUUCAUAAUCGGCAUCAAUGCAGGAUUAAACGCUGGUCUGGCGCCCAUGUAUUUAUCCGAAAUAUCACCUAUUCAUCUGCGAGGAGCUGUUGGCACCGUUUAUCAACUGGUUAUUACUAUGUCUAUUCUGGUAUCGCAGAUUCUCGGAUUAGAACAAAUCUUGGGUACCGAGGAUCAAUGGCCGCUUCUUUUGUGCCUGACGAUUGUUCCUGCGAUCUUCCAAGUGGUCACGCUUCCACUGUGCCCUGAAAGUCCGAAAUAUUUGUUGCUCAGCAAAGGGAAGGACAUGGAUGCUCAAAGAGCUUUGGCCUGGUUGCGUGGCACGAUCGAAGUUCACGAUGAGAUGGAAGAAAUGAGAACGGAAUAUGAAUCAGUGAAACUUGUACCAAAGGUUACGCUGAAAGAAUUAUUUGUAAAUCCUGCUCUUAGAAUUCCAUUAAUAAUCGCAAUUAUGGUUAUGUUCGCUCAACAAUUGUCUGGGAUAAAUGCCGUCAUGUUCUUCUCGACGAAGAUCUUCACGAUGGCGCAGUUGGAUAAAACCGCAGCCCAGAAUGCAACAAUGGCUGUCGGAGCGAUGAACGUUGUUAUGACUUUUGUUUCAUUGAUACUCGUAGAAAAAGCUGGAAGAAAAACGUUGCUGUUAGCUGGAUUCUCUGGGAUGUUUAUCGAUACUGCGUUGCUUGCGAUUUGUCUUGCUUUUGCAGAUACAUCUCGCGCAGCAGCUUAUUCCUCGAUUGUACUAGUAAUGACAUUCGUAAUCUUAUUUGCAACUGGACCAGGUAGUAUCCCUUGGUUCCUGGUGUCCGAGUUGUUUAACCAAUCUGCGAGACCCGCGGCGACGUCCGUUGCUAUUGCGGUCAAUUGGACGGCGAAUUUUAUCGUCAGUAUCGGAUUUCUACCGCUGCAGGAGGCGCUGGGUGCCCAUGUAUUCAUUAUUUUCGCCGCAAUACAAGCAUUCUUUGUUUUCUUCAUUUACAAGAAAGUACCCGAGACAAAGAACAAAACGAUGGAGGAGAUUAGUAGCAUGUUCCGACAAAUAUCGUACCAGUAAGAACUCCCAUAUUGUCAUUGCGCUUAAGGAAUUAAUUACAAAUUUUUCAAGAAAAGAUAUCCAUGGGGAAACGAAUCAAACGUAGAUACGAAUUUCUUUAAAAGAAUCCGUGACUUGAAUUUUUAACGCACAUAUCUGCUAUUGCGUUUUUAUACGUAUUGAAGUUGAAGGCAUAAGAUCUUUUAACGAUUAUCAUGAAAAAACUGUAUUUUUAUUUUAUGAUCGUUUAAAGUCUCAACAUUGAGAAGCUAUCGGUAGUUUUUGCUUUUGAAUGUUUAUUUUAAACGCUGUCGAGUCGCGCAUAUUUUUUUUUUUUAGAAGUUUUUCGACUUUGAAUUAAACUUACAAACUUAGUUCCUAUUAUUACUGAUAUGAUAAACGUAUGGUGUCAUAGAAAAACAGUAUCAAAUUAUGCAUAAUGAAACACAAUUAAUUGUUUAUUUUAAUGAAUUUUAUCGGGUUGGUUUUAAAUCUUUCGCGUCUCUUUUUAUAGGCAGACUGUAAAUGAAAUUAACAAUAUAAUGUAAUCAAGAUAUAAUAUAUAGGUUUAAAGAAACUCAACCUCAGAGGCAAAUAUUUUGUUCGUAAAAUAUAUUUUCAUAUCGAAAAUCAAAAAGAAGAGAAACAUAGGGAGAAAUGAACGAUUUGAGAAAUGCAUAAACGAAAAACAUAUAUUAACUCGCAGUUCCUUAAGAAUAAUUAAGAAAAUUAGACGACAGUUUUCGCAUUUGUAAUCACUAUUCGUACUAAAUAUUAUUUUACCUUCAAAAAGAGUGAAGAAACAAUAUUAUUUAAUUAUAUUGAUAUUAAAUAUUAUUACUCUAGUCAUAAAAAUACGAUAUUUUUGCAUUGAAGUAACAUUUGGAAAAUCCUGCUAAAAAAAUAGUAUAUACUUUGCAUUAUUGCAAAAUACAUUUUUUUUUUUUUAACAGAGAUCUGCACAACGUGAACAAUAUUGUUUGUUUAAAAUUUGAAAGAAAAAGAAAAUCCGUUUUAUUUUGAACUUUUUUAAAGUACAUGUACAUAUAAUGUGAGAAAAAUCUAGCGAAAAAUUGUUGGAACUUGUGAGGUUCAUUCACAAAAAAGUGUUUCUAUUGUAAGACACGUUUUAAAAAUUUUUUAGAAUUGUGUUCGUUGCAUUACGUUUAUAUAAAUUCUAUCACAUAUGCAACAAGAAAUAGAAAUUUUAUUCAAAUGAGAGAAAUGAAAAGUACUGUUACACUUGUAUAUAGGAAUAUACGUAGGAUAUUGCCAUACAGCGUGUAGAAGAAAAUUGAAUUUAUAUAUGCAUGUAACUGUAGUGAACGUUUAAAUCUGUAUAUCAUUGUUGUUACAUUUAUUAGAUAUUUAAUUGAUAUAAUACAAACGAUAACCAAAAAUCAUGUUGAAAUAUCGUAACAUAUAGCUUAGAAAAAUUAGUUCCGCUGUAAAUCAUGAACCGACAGUAUAUCAUUCUCUUUUACCACGUACAUCCUUCAAUCCAGAUAAUACUCAAAUGUAGUUGUAUCUUUAAUGCUAAAUUUAUCAGGGAAAUUACGUUUCCGCGGUGUGCCAGUGUAUCUAAUAAACAUACAGUUUCAUUAAUCAAUAGUAAUUUUUAAUUAUUUGAACGUUGAAAUAUGCAGGAAUUGUAUAGCUGAAACUAAAAAAAAACAUCGCAAUGAAUUAUAUACAUGGAAUUUUAAAUGGUACUAGAUUUAUAUCUAAAUCUAAUGCACCAGUUGCAUUGUACAAAGGUUUUUCCAGAACAAAGGUUUUGCAAAGAUCUUUGUAUAUUCAUUUGGAUAAUUUGUUAGACAGUGUAUAUUUUUGAGCCUGUAUUUUAUGCGAUAUUAGUUGCAAUUUAAUAAUUUAAAAGAUAACAACCUAUAGAACAAACUGAUAAUGAUAAUGGGAAAAAUGGAAGAAAAGUAGUUAGUUAGUUAAAAGUUAUUUAUUGAAUCGUAAUUACAAGGCACACCGAUAAACUAUAAUUGAUUGAAAAUAGACGUACAUAUAUAUAGCAGUAAAUGAUUAUUUCUGUUUACAAAAUUUGCCCAAAAAUUGUUUUAGUUUGCAACGAUUGAUCUUAAUGUUUGACUGUGUCCGAAGCUUAAGUAGAUAAUAAGAAAUCCAUUUUGUUAUUUAUGAUAUAGAAAAUUAAUGAUUGUGUUAUGAUAUCUGUAGACCCUUAAGAGUUUGCCCGAUAUUCAUAAAUGUCAGAUAAGCAAUAAAAGAAACAAUUAAACAUAAAUAUAAAAGUUUUAAACGCUAAAAACGCAUUAUUUUCCCCUUAUCUGGCGUAUAUGAAUUAUAAUUUUAAUAUAUUUAAAAAUGAAUUUAUAACAGGCAAUAAAUUAUUUAUAUAUAUUUAACGUUAAAAAAAUCGAUACUUCUAUAUUUCAAAUUUUUACACAUUACGUCUAGCGUUAUAAAAUCACCGAAUUAUGUGGAUAAUGAGUACAAUUAAACAUACGAAUACGCGUGUACAUAUAAUCUCGAAUUUUUCAUCGUCUAUCAGUUCUAUCAUGUAAGUUCUUUGUGGUACAAUUAUAGCAUUUAGUGUUAGCUUCUUCUUUUAUACGCGAGGCCUGUAUCAAUUACUUUAUUUUUCUUUUUUUUUUCUUGUUAAGGGAUCGAUGCAACAUAUCUCUAAAAUGUAAUGGAAUAAUUCGUAAAUAUCGAUAUCGUUACCAUUACUUAGCCUACGUAUAUGUUAAAGGCCCAUUAUUCACGUCGAUUAUUUAAAUCAUCUCCGCAUCAUAUCAAUUUCACAGUUUAUUAUAAAACGUCAUAGUAACAUGUAUCGCAUUAUAGACUGUAACUUUUGAUGCCAAUAUACAAAUCAUCGUAAUAAAAAUUUUAUGUAAUACU